AUGGCUUCUUCCCAUGCAAUAAUCCCAGACAAAGCAACACGUAAAAGGAAGAUUGAGAUCAAAAGAGUUGAACAAAGCAACAAGCGCCACGUCACCUUCUCCAAGAGAAAAUUAGGGCUUUUCAACAAGGUCACCGAGCUCUCCAUCCUUUGCCAGGCGGAAACCGCCUUGAUCGUCUCCUCGCAAAUUGGAAAGCUUUACGCCUGCGGAUAUCCAUCGCCGGACGCCGUCAUCCACCGUUUCCUCUCCGGAGGAGAUUCCGAUUCCGGUUCCGGUUCCGCUCUUCCGCAGAGGAACACCGUACGUGCCUUGAAGAAGAAGCAAGAGGAGAAAGUGGAAGCCCUAAGAGCACAAUAUGAGUCUUUGGAAGAAGCUCUCAAAGAAGAGAAGAAGCGACUCGAAGAGGCUGAGAAUGCAAGAAAGAACCAUAACAACAAUGGCGGUUGCUUAGGGUUUUCAUCGCAGUGGUGGGAGAAUCCAAUUGAUGAUAUGGAUUUGGAGGAGCUCGUUAAGUUCAAAGAAUCCUUGGAACAGUUGAAGGUUAACCUAUUUGCAACCGCUGAAAAGAAGAUCAUGUUCCAAGAAUUGAUGCCAUCACCACUUGCUUCUUCUUCUUCAGUUAUGGCUCCAAUGCAAACUAGGGUUCCCAAUUUCUCUUCAAUAUUGAACAAUAAUGGUGGAUUCAACCCUGUUCAUCAUCCACAACAGCAAGAACAUUGGGAUUAUGCUUCUUCUUCUUCUAAUUUUUAUUCAACCUUAAAGAAUAAUGUUGGAUUCAGCGCGGUUCAUCAUCCACAACAGCAAGCACAUUGGAAUUAUUGGACCAAUAAUGGAAUUGCUAGCAGUAACAAUCAGAAUUCUUUAGGAUCAUGCGAUUUUGGGAACAAUGCUAUAAUUGCUGCUGCUAAUGGUAAUGGAAAUAGUAGUUGUUCCUUUUUUCCUAGCAUUGGUUUUGGCCAUUAUUAA